GCAGGCCGGCAUCUGCUAAAGCUUUCGCGGCUAAGGGGUUCAGGGCGCGGAUUGCAUCCUGCGCGCCGGAGCUCCCCCCACCAGUUGUCCAAGCUGGUGUGGUCGGCGCUGGGGGAGGUGGGGCGGUGCCCCUGCUGCAGCUGCUGCUACCGCGGUCUCGGCUGUUGCUCUAGGUAAAGACAGCAGCUGCCGCUGUUUUAGCACCGCGGGAAAACUACUCCGGGGACCCGCCAAAGCAGCCUUCCUUCCAGAAGGAAAGGCGGAGAAGAGGAAGCGCGGGUUGCUAACUCCUUAGAAUUCUUGCCCGGACCUGUACGCGAGAGUGUAUGGGGAGUUGAUGACGAGGAAGGAAAGGAGCAGAUGCUGCGAAGAAUGACGCUUCCAGGCCUGGGGGUCCAACAAGGAAGAAUAUCCUCUGAUUGAGCAGCCCAGAUGUUCAGUUGUUUACGGCCAAAGUUAUAUAUUAAACAUCAUUAAAGGAAACCAGUUACUGUGUACUCUCCCAAGGUCAGGAGUCAGAAGACUACGGAACAAUUGUCUAUGCAGCACAGAAAGAUUAUGGAUUCAAGUGUAUUUUAUGCAUUGUUGCUUCUGGGGGUCAUUGCAGGUUACCUCUGCGAGCAAUGCAGGGAUGGAGGAACCUACUCAAAUGCAGUUAUUUCUCCCAAUCUGGAGACCACCAAAAUCAUGCGGGUGCCGCAAGCCAGCUCUCUGGCUGCCUGCACAGCUGCCUGCUGCGACCUGCCCAGCUGUGACUUGGCCUGGUUGGUCGAAGGCCGGUGCUAUGUUGUGAGCUGCCAGCACCAGGACAGCUGCGAGCCCAGGACAAUAGAGCCCGUCAAGUCCUAUCUUACUUUUGUGCUGCGGCCAGCACGGAGGCCCUCCUCCCUGCUAGGAUAUGGGCAGGGGAUUUCCAGCAGGGGUCAUCCCCUGGUGAUUCCGGGAGGCCCAUCUGAGGAGGCUGGCAGACUUAGGGGCUUCCCCUUCUUGGGGAAGGGCCCUAGCUUAGAAGAGUUGCCUGAAUACACAGAUGACUACAGGGAAACGGAGCAGGACACCUUCCAGUCCAGUGGCAAGCAGGCGGCAAAGGCUAGUGCUGACUAUAUGGACUGGGGUCUGCUGCCAAGCACUGAAGGCCCUUUCAAUUCUUCUGUGGAAAAUGGCCAUUCUCUGGCAGAGAAAAAGAAUGGGAAUGUCAGGUUAGAUCACCUGGGAAGGGGGAAUGAAUCAGAGUGGGCCACUGUCCUGGAGCACUUUCCUGAGGGAAAAUUGUCACCAUCCCCAGAGAAAAUCCCACUUUCUGGGAAGACACGGGAAAAGGAGGAAGCCAUUCAGCCUCCUGGACAGGCUAGCAACAGGUCUGGAGAAGAGGUUCUAAUGCCUUCCCAUAAUCCUCCUUCAGCCAACCUGGAGUUCAGUCCAAUUACUGAGGAGAAAAGCCCAAUUUUAACAUUAACCCAACACAGCUCAGAUCAUGGAAUUGAAGUAUUUCCCACUGACACUGGCCCCUCUCAGUCCAUCCUACCUGAGCAACUCACGUCUCUCACUACUGCUUCAAGCACAGUCAAAGAACUCAUGGUGUUUGCUGGAGACAAUAUACUGGUCACUUUACCCCAAAAUGAUGUUGAGCUGAAGGCCUUUGUUGUGCCAGCACCUCCUUCAGAAACAAGUUACAAUUAUGAGUGGAGUUUGAUAAGCCACCCUAUGGACUAUCAAGGUGAAAUUGAACAAAAAUACAAGCAAACGCUUAACCUCUCUCAGUUAUCUGUAGGCCUCUAUUCCUUCAAAGUGACUGUUUAUGGUGAAAAUGCUUUUGGAGAAGGAUUUGUAAAUGUCACUGUUAAGCCAGCAGUGAGAAUCAAUCAGUCACCAGUAGCAGUAGCUUCUCCCCAACUACAGGAGCUCUCCUUGCCUACUACUUCAACCUUCAUUGAUGGCAGUCAAAGCACAGAUGAUGCUGAAAUCGUGAGUUAUCACUGGGAAGAAAUUAAAGGUCCCCUAAGAGAAGAGAAGGUAUCAGAUGAUUCUCCAGUCUUACAUUUAUCUAAUCUUGUUCCUGGGAAUUAUACUUUCAGGUUAACAGUAAUAGAUUCAGAUGGAGCUGCAAAUUCUACUACUGCAUUACUAAUAGUCAACAAACCUGUGGACUACCCACCCCUUGCUAAUGCUGGACCAAAUCAGGUGAUAACUUUACCGCAGAAUUUCAUCACCCUCAAUGGAAACCAGAGCAGCGAUGACCACCAGAUUGUUAGCUAUGAAUGGUCUCUGAGCCAACAUAGUAAGAGUAAAGUAGUAGCCAUGCAGGGAGUGAGGACACCAUAUCUUCAUUUGUCUGCAAUGCAGGAAGGAGAUUAUACAUUUCAGCUGAUGAUCACAGAUUCAUCAAGACAGCAAUCCACUGCUGAAGUCACUGUAAUUGUCCAACCUGAAAACAAUAGUCCCCCUGUAGCUGUGGCUGGUCCAGAUAAAGAGCUGAUAUUCCCUGUGAAAAGCAUGGUCCUUGAUGGAAGCAGAAGCACUGAUGACCAAGGCAUCAUUUUCUAUCACUGGGAAAAUAUCAGUGGCCCAAGUGCUGUGGAGAUGGAAAACAUUGACAAAGCUGUAGCCACAGUCACCGGACUUCAGGUUGGCACUUACCACUUCCGACUGACAGUGAAGGACCGCCAGGGCUUGAGCAGCAUGGCUACUCUCUCCGUGGCUGUCAGGGAAGAAAACAACAGUCCUCCUAGAGCCCAAGCUGGUGGCAGACAUGUCCUUGUGCUUCCCAAUAACACUAUUAUUCUGGAUGGUUCAAGGUCUACUGAUGACCAAGGAAUUGUGUCUUAUCUAUGGAUCCGAGAUGGCCAAAGUCCAGCAGCUGGAGAUGUAAUCCAUAACUCUGACCACAGCGCAUCUCUGCAACUCAUCAAUCUGGUGGAAGGAAUCUAUAUUUUCCACUUGAAAGUCAUGGACCUCCAAGGAGACUCUGACAUUGACACAGCCACAGUGGAAGUACGGCCUGACCCUAAAAAGACUGGCUUAGUAGAACUGAUAUUGCAGGUGGAAGUUGGACAACUAACUGAGCUGCAAAAGGACAUGCUUAUGAGGCAGCUGGCAGUGCUGCUGAAUGUACUAGACUCUGAUAUCAAGAUACAGAAGAUCCAGGCUCAUUCUGAUAUCAGCACUGUGAUCAUAUUCUAUGUGCAAAGUGGACAGCCAGUUAGAGUUAUCCAGGCUGUUGAAGUGGCCCGGAUUUUGCAUGCUCAGCUCUUAAAGGAAAAGGCAGACUUCUUGCUUUUUAAAGUCCUGCGAGUCGACACAGAAGUUUGUCAUUUGAAAUGUUCUGGCCAUGGCCACUGUGAUCCCAUUACUAAGCACUGCAUCUGCUACCAGUUGUGGAUGGAAAAUUUGAUCCAGCGCUACUUCAGUGAUGGAGAAAGCAAUUGUGAAUGGAGUAUUUUCUAUGUGACCCUGCUGGCUUUUACUCUGAUUAUAUUAAUGGUGGGUUUUACCUGGCUCUGCAUCUGUUGCUGCAAAAGACAAAAACGGAUGAAAAUAAGGAGAAAAACAAAAUAUACCAUCCUGGAUAAUAUUGAUGACCAAGAAAAAUUGGAGCUAAGACCUGAAUUUGGAAUUAAACACCGAAGCAUAGACCAGAACUCCAGUCUGAUGGUAUCAGAGUCUGAAUUUGAAAGUGAUCAAGAUACAAUCUUCAGUCGAGAACUUGGAAUGGAGAAUUCAAAGAACUCUGUGUUUGGAUCCAUCAAAAAUGGAAUUACUUUCAAUUAUUGCUCCAAGGACAGAUAGUUAUGCUUGUUUUCAAGAGGGAGGAAAUACUGAGCUGCCAGAAAAAGAAUUUAAUUGAGACUUCCCCCAACAUGUUUUUUGGUUUUCAAAAACAAAAUCUUCUUGUACAAUAGGAAACAGAGACAUAGUUCAGAGGAGGUUGGAACAAAAAAUUAAUUCUUGUUACCAUUAAAAUAGGAACAGGGAAUACUAGCACAUUUAACUCCUCUUUCAUUGUGCUGAAUAUAUAAUCCCACAUUUUAAAGACUUACUUGUUGGGGAUUUUGACACCCAAAAUCAUUAAUUAGGGUGGUUAUUAUUGGAAAGAAAGAUAACGUUAAGCUUUAAGCUACAAUUUAUACCUUACAUUUGGUUUUCCAUCAUUAGAAGCUGUGUACAAAGUUGGUGCAAUAGUGUUUUAAGGCUUUAUAUAAAAUAGCCUAUAUUUAAAUAGAGCUUAACAUGUAAUUACAGCUCCAUCUUCAGAAAUAGAGCUUUUUCAAGUUAAAUAAAAACAAGGACUGUAAAA